AUAAAAAUAAUUAUAUGCGGGAGCGCGCAGUGACGAAGAGACGUACGCGUUCAGGUUUCCGCGCGCCCCAGCGGAGGGAGCCCAGAACAGGGCGAACGUUUCAGCGAGAGCUAGUCCUGACUGAGCUUCCUGACCCGAGCGCGUUUUGUGGAGGAAGUUGUCUCCAGGCGGCCCGACGACGUGCACGGAGAGACUGGGAGUCUGUUUUGCACAGCUGCACCGAAUUUGCACGACAGGUUGGCUCAAGUUCUGUGUGAUUCGGGACCGCCUCAGUUUGAGUUUGAGCAGAGAGGAGCAGCAGCAGCAGCAGCAGCAGCAGCAGCAGCUCACCACGUCGUGCCACACGGGGAGGAGGAGAAGAGAGGAGAGAGGGGCAGAAGUUUCCGCUGCCUUGUUUUGUCACUGCGCGGCUGGUAAAUCCGCAGGAAUGUCGCAGAAGGAGAGACCCACUUUCUACCGACAGGAGCUCAACAAAACCGUGUGGGAGGUCCCGGAGAGGUACCAGAACUUGUCUCCAGUCGGCUCCGGCGCUUACGGAUCCGUGUGCUCUGCGUACGAUGUGAAGUUGGGCCUGAAGGUAGCAGUGAAGAAGUUGUCCAGACCCUUCCAGUCCAUCAUCCACGCAAAGAGAACCUACAGAGAGCUGCGGCUGCUCAAACACAUGAAGCACGAGAAUGUGAUUGGUCUGUUAGAUGUUUUCACACCAGGGACAAGCUUAGAGGAGUUCAAUGAUGUGUACUUGGUGACCCACCUAAUGGGUGCAGACCUCAACAACAUCGUCAAGUGUCAGAAGCUGACAGAUGACCACGUCCAGUUCCUCAUCUACCAGAUUCUCAGAGGCUUAAAGUACAUCCAUUCUGCAGACAUCAUCCACAGAGAUUUGAAGCCCAGUAAUUUGGCUGUAAAUGAAGACUGUGAGCUCAAGAUCCUGGAUUUUGGUUUGGCGCGGCACACAGAUGAUGAAAUGACAGGCUAUGUAGCCACCCGUUGGUACCGAGCCCCAGAGAUCAUGCUCAACUGGAUGCACUACAACAUGACAGUGGAUAUCUGGUCGGUGGGCUGCAUCAUGGCUGAACUUCUCACUGGACGGACGCUCUUCCCUGGCUCAGACCACAUUGAUCAGUUGAAACUUAUAAUGACGCUGGUCGGAACCCCAGGGCCCGAGCUCUUGAUGAAAAUCUCUUCAGAUUCUGCCAGGAACUACAUUAAUUCACUGCCAUGCAUGCCGAAGAGGAACUUUGCUGAUGUGUUUAUUGGCGCCAACCCUCUUGCGGUGGAUUUGCUAGAGAAGAUGCUGGUGCUGGACACAGACAAGCGGAUCACAGCAUCCGAGGCUCUCGCCCACCCGUACUUUGCCCAGUACCAUGAUCCGGACGAUGAACCAGAAGCAGAGCCUUAUGACCAGAGCUUUGAAAGCCGUGAGCUGGAAAUUGAGGAAUGGAAGGGGUUAACCUAUGAGGAGGUAAUCAGUUUUGUGCCACAGUUGUUCGACGGCGAUGAGAUGGAAUCAUGAGGAGGAGACGUCUCUUCCUCCAUCUUUUGUUUUCCAAGAAACACUCUUUAAGGACUAUCAGUCUCAUGUGACUAUCCACCACUUUCUUCACACACUCGCACAACCAUGACAUUCAAGUGCCUGCCGUCAUUCAUCUCUGGGGGACGUGAUGAUAUCAGGGAGAAAACUUGACAUCCUGUUCCUUCCGUCCCCCCACUUUGCUGUUUUUGUUACCCUGCAUCGUGGCACGCUGAAGCCAACGUUAAUCCUCCUUAUAUUUUUAGUGCAUUUUUACCUCAGACAUUUAUUGUUUAUAUUGAUCCCCUCUUUGAUUCAGCAAAUUAGAAUCUACAUAUCAGUAUCUUGAAAGCAAAUUAGAGAACCUGAACCAUUGGUAGAUGUUAAAUGAAAUUGUGCUACAUAGCCGUAAUUAAUAUUGUAGGAAAGAAGGUUGGAAAAAGGCGAACAGAACAGCUGUGUGUCUAAAGUUUAUCUUUUGUCCGGACAUGAUAAUUAAAUGUGAUUUCUAUAAAUACAUAGACCUGUGUAAAUAUGACAAACAGUAUUUGUGUUUAAAUACUUUAGUCAGACCAGUUACCGUAUAUGUGUAAUAGUCAUAAUAGCUGAGUCACGCCUCAGCCGACCCCUUUGACAGUAUGAAUUUUAUUACUAGAGUUUAGCCUGCAACGGCAUAUAAAAAGAUACAGUAUAUCAUUUAGUAGAAAGGAUAGGCUAAAAUAUGUCAAAUAUUCACGUCCAUAUGGCAAACUCAGUAUUUCUUAUUGUUGGAUUUGAAGGCUUAUAGUGUCCCUUUUUUUUUUUUUUUAAGCACAACAUGAGUAUGGAGAGUUUUUGUAUGCAUUUCACCUACUUUAGUUCCUGCUCCUUUCUUACACAUCCAUGCGUCUUUUAAGCACUUCUGAUCUGUUUUUUUCAGAAGAAUCCAUUAUCACAAUCUACAGUACCACACACGCAUGAUGAAGCCAGAUCUGGCUUAUUAGUUUAUUGAAAUGUGAUGUUUCCCACCGCAACACCAACUGACAAUGUACUUUAAUCAUAUUGCAUUUAUAAACCACAGUACUAUUAAUGUUUAUUGAAUGUUCGGGGGCGCCAGUCUGCCUCGUAUUUAUGAUCUUUUGUUAUGUUGUUUGUAUAUCGAUGUAAAAGAGAAUAUUAUUUGUCAGAAUUUAAGGUUCUUUUUAUUAUUUAUGGAGAGCUUACUGUGUCAGAAACCAAAUGUAUCAACAAUAAUCUCAAAUGUCAAUGAAGCCGUGGUGACUGCAGUUACAGCUUGUGUAUCAAAUACUUUGCAAUCAGUCCGAUAAACUCUGCUAAUCUUGCAGUUGUUUCAGUUCAUUUCAUUUCCUGGGAUUUCUCAGUUUAAAGGAGUAAUUGAAGAUUUAUUUAUCUUAUUGUUUUCCUUACUGCCCUCCAAAAGUGUCCUACUUCUAAAGAAUUUGAGUAGAAAAUGUUUUCAGAAAGCAUAGCAAAAAGACUUAUGACAAGCACUUCACUUUUGUAUUGACACACAUACCAUUUAACAGUAGACUCCUGGUUCAGAUAUUGACAAAAUGUUUUUUCUCUGUGAACCAUUUAAGGAGUCAGAUUACAUCGACAUGUGACAUACAAGCUAUAUCCACAGUUGCUCUGGCUAUUCUCAACCAAACAUAUCGGUGUCUUCACAGUUUCAUUUGCAACUGCUUGUUUCCACGUAGUGCUUUUUGUAAUGAAUUAUUUUAUUUUUGUGUGUUUAAAUCAAGAUGUGAUGUUAUUCUGUGAUUCUGUAAUAUUGUUUUUUUUUAGUAAUGCUAGGACUAUGUUUGUCAUUAUUCUGAAUAAUUUAGCAGGGCACAUUUGUGGGAAAGAGUGUACGUUUACUCACUGGAUGCUGAAGGGCAAUGCUGAAGCCUCCAUCUUCGUAGUUUUUACAGAAGAACUGCAUUAAUUGGAUUAUUUAUCUUGUCCAUAUCCCAAUGUCAGUAGUCAAAUUUAUCAGUUCUGCUUCUCUUUGCCUGAGAUGUGUUCAUAUGUUUUUACUCUGUUCUUACCACAUGUACCAAGACAGCACCCCACAGCACCUGUAAAUACCACCAUUAGAAAAUAAAGGCUACUAUUUUUCAAACCUGGAA